AUAUGUCAUAAAUCUAUCUUCUGUUAUGUCUUUGAUCUUAAACUUCUGUAGAAAAUUUGUCAAUGCUUAUUUCAGGAAGGAAUCUCACUAUGUUCUCUUUUGUCUAUAUGCUUGUAUAUGUCUAUGCUGCAACGUGGGAGCAGUAAAUCUACUUGAUAACGUUCGUAUACCGGCAGUCAUAGCAUUUGGAGACUCUUACCUGGAUCAGGGGAGCAAUAACAAUAUCAACACUCUGAUCAAGGCUAAUUUUCCCCCAUAUGGAAAAGAUUUUAUGGGUGGAAUACCCACGGGGAGAUUUACCGAUGGGAAAUCACUUGCUGACUUUUUCGUCAAGGCACUAGAAGUAAAGGAGUAUCUUCCAGCAUAUCUGGACCCGUUAAUACAAGACAAAGAUCUUUUAACGGGUGUAAGUUUUGCUUCUGGUGGCGCUGGUUAUGAUCCCAUGACAAGCACAAUAUUAUCGGCUAUACCGCUAUCUGUUCAAUUGGACAUGUUCAAACAAUACAUUGAGAAGCUCAAGAAUAUCACCGGGGAAGAAGCUACCAAUAAUAUAAUUCCAAACAGUGUAUUUUUGGUUUCGGCAAGUACUAACGAUUUCUCAAGUUACUCUGCCAUUCCCAUCAUCAGAAGCCUAUAUGAUAUUCCUGCGCGCUCUGAUAUGCUGGUGAAGCAUGCUGUCAGCUUCGUACAGGAACUAUACAAACUGGGAGCAAGAAGAAUCGCUAUCCUUGGGGCACCCCCAGUCGGCUGCUUACCAGCAAUGAGAACUUCUGUUGGAGGACCCCUUAGAAUGUGUGCUAAAAAGGAAAAUAAAGCCGCAGAAUUGUUCAACGUAAUUCUAAAACAAGAACUGAAAUAUCUUGCGAGCAGUCUUAUUGAGUCCAGGGUUGCCUUUGUUGAUUUCUAUUAUCCGCUGAUAAACAUCCUUGACAACCCUCAUCAAUACGGUCUAGAAGUUACAGACAAAGGUUGUUGUGGAACGGGAGAGAUAGAAGUGAUUUUUCUAUGUAACAAACUCAGCCAAACGUGUGACGACGAAUCUAAAUUCUUAUUCUGGGAUAGUAUCCACCUCUCACAAGAAGGGUGUAAUAUUAUUGUAAACCAAGUUAUACAUGAGUUGGUGAAAAGUUUGUUCUAAGAGUAUCUGAUGAGAUCAUUUGUAAAUGUUAAGAUAAUGGAUCAUAUGUUUGAUCCAAGAAUAUCUGAUCAUAUGAAUAUUUAGAUUUUCUUAUUAAAAACUCAAUAUGCAUUGGCACCCUGACA